UUCCAUUUAUCUUUCUCUUCUUGACUUUUCAGUUAUGUCUUUAGGGGUUUUAUGCCAUACUUAGAAAGGCCUUCCCCACUCCAAGGUAGCAAUAGUUUCACACUUAAAAGUUCAUCUUUAACACAGCAGGCAGAGAAAUCUGUAAUGCCUAAGUCUGAUCAUGCUACUCUUCUGCUCAGAAAUUCUGAAUGGCUUCUCCUUUUGGAGUACAAAGUAAUAUCCCUACACUCACUGACAAUCACAUUUCUCUCUCUGUACUCCCAACACCCUUUUGUUCCUUCAGCUCCAGACACAGAAAUCUCCUUCCUGUUCUUAGAUUAUUUCAAACACAGUUCACUCUCGGCCUUUGCGUUUUCUAACCCUCUCCCAGAAACACCUUUGCCCCUGAUGGCUCAUUUGCUCAUCUUCCUGAGUCUUUGUUCAGAAGUCCUUGGUGAUCACCCUAUUAGAAUUGCAUUACUACUUCAUUCUCAUCCCAAACUCCAUAUUUUCUUUAUUUUCUCCAAAGUACUAACAUCUACCCCCAACAAUAUAUUUUUCUUGUUUAUUGCCUGCCUCACGCCCCAUCCUUUCUGCCACCCACCCCCCACCCCGAAUUAUAAAUUCCAUGAAGGCAAAGGCAUUGUUCUGCUUUAAACUACAGUUCCAGCUUGCAGAACAUUGCCUGGCAUGGUAGGUGAAUAAGCAAUAUUGUGAAAGAAAGAGAAGGAGGAAAAAAAACACCUAAGCUUUCUUAUGUAUCAUAUUGGUAAAGACCAAAAUAUUUUGUAACAUUAUGUUGACAAGUAUAGGUUAACAUCACAAGUGGGUUCCAAGAUUAGUAAUUUGGCGGUAACAAAAAUACAAAUGCUCCAACUCUGCACUCUAGUAAAUCCUUAGCUCUAGAAAUAUAUACUAUGGAUAUACCCUUAUACACAAGAAGUUAUGUGCAGGGUAAUUUAUUGAAAAAGAAAACCUACAUAACCACCAACAGGGUCAUUAUUAAUAAAUUAUGGUAUAGUUGAACCCUAUGUGAUUAUUUUUCUUUAAAAGAAAAAAGAGCAAAAUGAAAUGUCUUUUAUGUACAAAUUCCGGAAUCAAUUAGUAGAAGGAAAAAAAAAAAGUUGCAGAACUGCUACCAUGUGUGUGUGUGUGCGUGUGUAAUUUACAAUGUAUUAGUUUUCGGUGUAUAGCAGUGAUUCAGUUAUUACAUAUAUAUAUAUAUUCUUUUUCAGAUUCGUUUCCACUGUUAUAAUUCUUUAUAAAUAUUGAACCCUGUGAAUGCAUUACAUAUUCAUAUUGUUUAAUAAUUGAGUCAAAAACUUUGAGAGAGAACUUUAAAAAAAAAAAGGCAAAGAAAACUUCAGCGAGCGCUUAAGUCCCAUAAGUCAAAUGUUCACAAGUGGGAUCCUCCACAAGCUAGAACUGACUCCUCCACCGAGGCGAGGCUUCCUAGAGCGGCCCGGAAGUGCCUGGCUGAUAGUAGCGGAGCGUCGAUUGGUCAGUCAGUCUUUGUUCGGGCCGCCCCAAAGGACGCUAGCUGUCACACUUGUUCCUCCAGGCGUGAGGUUUUUCUCUGAGACAAGAUUCUGAGAGAUUCCCCUUGACUCAGUCCCAGAUAGAGGAAUAAUCUCCUGAAAAACAGCCCAGAAUGACCACAUUUCUGGAACAUGAAGAACAAAAAGGACUUCUAAUAGUUAAAGCAGAAGACCAUUACAGGGGACAGGACUCUAUCUCACAAAAGUCCAGUCCUCACAGAAGGGAACUCUUCAGGCAGCACUUCAGGAAGCUCUGCUAUCAGGAUGCACCUGGACCCCGUGAAGCUCUUACCCAACUCUGGGACCUUUGCCGCCAGUGGCUGAGGCCAGAAUGCCACACAAAAGAGCAGAUUUUAGACCUGCUGGUGCUUGAACAAUUUCUGAGCAUUCUUCCCAGGGACCUGCAAGCAUGGGUGCAGGCACACCAUCCAGAGACUGGAGAGGAGGCGGUGACUGUGCUGGAGGAUCUGGAGAGAAGGCUUGAUGAACCUCGAAAGCAGGUUCCAGGCAAUUCAGAAAGACAGGAUGCACUUUUGGACAAGUUGGCCCCCUUGAGAAGGCCACAUGAGUCAUUGACUAUCCAGCUUCAUCCCAAGAAGACCUGGCAGGAGCAGAAAUCUGGGGAGGCCCAAAGGAAUGGUGAUGAAACCAAGACUAAAACUGAAGAGUUGUCCCAGAUGGAAGAUAAAUCCAAAGACAUGGAAUUCUUUGGGAAGAUAAAUGACAGACUUUACAAAGAUAUUCUUCAGUAUCCUGAAUCCAAAGAUGCUUUUGAAAGUGAGGGCAUUUUCGAGUGGCAACAGAGGAAAAGAAGAUGCUAUAAAUGUGAUGACUGUGGAAAAAGUUUCAGUCAUAGCUCAGACCUUAGUAAACACAGGAGAACGCACACUGGAGAAAAGCCCUAUAAAUGUGAUGAAUGUGGAAAAUCUUUCAUUCAACGCUCACAUCUCAUUGGACAUCAUAGAGUACACACUGGGGUGAAACCCUAUAAAUGUAAAGAAUGUGGGAAAGAUUUCAGUGGGCGCACAGGUCUCAUUCAGCAUCAGAGAAUCCACACAGGUGAAAAACCCUAUGAAUGUGAUGAGUGUGGGAGGCCCUUCCGUGUAAGUUCAGCCCUUAUUAGACAUCAAAGAAUUCAUACAGUAAAUAAGCUCUAUUAAUAUGGUGUAAGUAACAAAAGUUCUUUAGUCACUCAGGCCAAACUAGUUAUCAGAGAAAUCUACCUUGGAGACCUUGAGUAUCCUAAAUGUAGGCAAAGCUUCAAUCAUCAUUAAAAAUUUCUCUGGCACCAAAGAAUCUA